UGGGAAAAAAGGAGAUGUGGCCAUGUGGAGGCAGUAGUAAGUCAGGCCUAGCUUGACCACUGAUUCCGGGGAGAUCUGCGCCGCUGCCUGUUACUCUCCCCAGAUCGAAGAUGGCGGUGUCCGUGUUCUCAGGCGUGCGCCUCCUCUCCAUCGGAGACGCCAACGGAGACAUACAGCGACAUUCAGAGCAGCAGCCUCUGCGACUAGAAAUCAAAAUCAACCAGGACGUGGCUCUCAUAAGCCUCUCGAACAAUGAGGAGACGUGUGUCUUUAAGUGUUCAGUAUCACGAGAGACAGAAUGCAGUCGUGUUGGGAAGCAGUCCUUCAUCAUUACUCUGGGCUGUAACAGUGUCCUCCUGCAGUUUGCAUCUCCAGCAGAUUUCUCGUCGUUCUAUAACCUCCUGAAGAACUGUCGUGGACAUGGAGGUGAACACUCGGUCUUCAGUGAGAGGACGGAGGAGUCCUCAGCUGUACAGUAUUUCCAGUUUUAUGGCUACCUCUCUCAGCAACAAAAUAUGAUGCAGGAUUAUGUGCGAACUGGAACAUAUCAACGGGCCAUCCUCCAGAAUCAUACUGACUUCAAGGAUAAAGUGGUUCUGGAUGUAGGUUGUGGCUCUGGGAUUCUGUCAUUUUUCGCAGCUCAGGCUGGUGCCCGUAAGGUUUAUGCUGUGGAGGCCAGCACCAUGGCUCAGCAUGCAGAGGUUCUUGUGAACAGUAACAGGUUGUCUGAACGUGUUUUGGUGAUUCCUGGUAAAGUGGAGGAAGUGUCCCUACCCGAGCAGGUGGACAUAAUUAUCUCUGAACCCAUGGGUUACAUGCUGUUCAACGAAAGGAUGCUGGAGAGCUAUCUGCAUGCCAAGAAGUUCCUCAAGCCCAAUGGCAAAAUGUUUCCCACCAUUGGAGACGUGCACCUCGCCCCUUUCACAGAUGAGCAGCUUUACAUGGAGCAGUUUACAAAGGCCAAUUUCUGGUACCAGCCAUCUUUCCAUGGGGUGGAUCUGUCUGCGCUGAGAGGAGCCGCAGUAGAUGAAUACUUCAGACAGCCGAUUGUGGACACUUUUGAUAUCAGGAUCCUGAUGGCCAAAUCAGUGAAAUAUACAGUGAACUUUUUAGAUGCUAAAGAAGAGGAUCUUUACAAGAUAGAAAUCCCCUUCAAAUUCCACAUGAUGCAUUCAGGGCUUGUUCAUGGGCUGGCUUUUUGGUUUGAUGUCGCAUUCAUUGGAUCAGUGAUGACAGUGUGGCUCUCUACAGCCCCCACAGAACCCCUCACUCACUGGUACCAGGUGCGCUGUCUGCUGCAGUCACCUCUCUUUGCCAAGGCAGGGGACACAAUGUCAGGCACUGCACUUUUAAUCGCCAACAAGAGACAAAGCUAUGACAUUAGUAUUGUUGCUCAAGUAGACCAGACAGGCUCCAAGUCCAGUAAUCUACUUGAUCUCAAGAACCCAUUCUUCCGGUACACGGGCACAACACCCACCCCACCUCCAGGUUCACACUAUUCCUCUCCCUCAGAGAAUAUGUGGAACACUGGGGGAACCUACAGCAUGAGCCAAGGCAUGGCUGUGUCGGGGAUGCCUACAGCCUAUGAUCUCAGCACUGUCAUUGGCGGCAGUGGGACUACAGUGUCCCACAACAAUCUCAUCCCCAUUGGUACAGACACGCAUGCACUGAACACGGGGAUUGUGAAUCACACUCACUCCAGAAUGGGUUCGAUAAUGAGCACCGGAAUCGUCCAGGUGAUCUCAACCGGCUAUCACAUCUCGAUUCACUCAGCAUGGGCUUUUGAUGGCCAUCUCAACUCAUCUAGAUGUUCACAACCUCUCAUCUCUCUCCUCAAGCGACGGACACAUUCUGUAGAUGCUCACCAAGUUCAUUACAACUACUAGCACAGUACCGCUGGAUCCUGCCUGUAGACAACCAUAGUGUAGAUAGAGAUCAUCUUACUUUUGAUUCCAUUUCUGACUAUGUGUGUGUUAAUGUAGUGCAGUCCCAGAUUUAUGUGUCGCUUGGUGUUCCCUGAGGUGAAUUCUGAGCGUGGAUUAUCAAGACUGCUGCUGUCAACCUCCGACUCCAACACGACGCAAAUCUGACUUAUAAAUUGGCGCAUUCAUUUUUAGUCAAUUAUAAGGACACAAAGGUUUUAGGAAUAAAAAUACCAGCACCAAAACCUUCGAUUACCAGCCAAGGAGGAUGGUAGAGUGCUGGGAAGGACAGUCGGCACUGGGGGGAGGAAGACAGAUGGAUGAAUGACAAACAGUGAGGUCCCUGGACACACACUGACUGCUGCAGCAGGAAUUGCAGUAUCCUAGUUUACAUCCCCCGAGCCCUCAUCUUGUCAACUUCUGUGUGUUGUGAGACUCGAGGAAACGAGGAGAUCAAGUGAUGCCUGACAAGCUAUAACUUUCCUCCUCUUUUCCUCCCCUCUCUCCCUCCUUCCUCUCCCAUACCGGGGAUAUUAUAUGACGAAAGCCCCAUCCAAGACUUUGAAGUUGUAUGCACCGCUUCCAGUCACUUUUUUUUUUUUUUUUUUUUUUCAGUAAAUUCAGUUUGAUUUAGAACUAUCAUGAGAUGAAAACAACCAUGUCUGUUAGUUUGUAGAAUUAAGGUUUUGUUUUGUUUUCUUUCACAAAAAAAAAGCAACAGACAAAAAAAAAAAAAAAAAAAAAAGCAAAUUAAAUGUUGAUGGAGAAGUCCCAAAGUGUGGCUGCUUACAGUAGCAUUAUUUUUUGUUUUAUGGAUGAAGUUGAAAAAAGGAUAAAAAAAAAAAAAAAAAAAAGUAUAAAAUCACACUUGAUGGUUCAAGAAGUUAAAUGAUCUGGGGAAGCGCACCCCUGGAUGGGUUAUAGAUGGUGAAGCAGAUGUAUCUUAAAUGGAGAAGAAAAGAAAAUCCAGUAACACUUUGUAUUGGCGUUCCAUUUGUUUGUUUUUGGUAUCAUGAAAUUCAUUUUUACAGCAUUUAUUAUGGUUAAUGUCGGUUUAUAAAUAUAGUAUUGUUAAUUAAUUCUUGUUUAUAAUAUGUUUAUACAUCUUAAUGUAUUAAAAAUUAUGUAGAAAUGAACAUUAACCAAAAUAAAGGCUGCAAAAAUAGUAGCAUUAUUGUAAAAUAUUAUAGAAUAUUCUGUAACGUUACUUGUUGUUUGAAACCCAUAUGACUUUCUAUCUUUCUGUCUUUAAUGAAACAAAAAGGAGAAAUUUUGCUGCCUAAGCUGCUCUUUUCCAUAUAAUUAAAGCGGCCAGUGCACAAUUUCAACAGUCACGUCUGUCUUUUUCUAAUAUAAAGCUGUUGUAUUGUUUCAGAAUACUACUUUUAGUCAUAGGAACUCAUUUUAAGGUGUUAUGUCCUUUCUGUUUGUCAACAACUGGGCACUGUCCACUUUUCUUUUAUGAAAAAGCGAAGAUUGGACUGGAUUGGUGGAAGAAAGAAAGUCAUACAGGAUUAAAAUGAGGGUUGAGAAUGAGAAAAUACAUUUUUGGUGAACUAUCAUUUUAAAUGAUUU